CGAAAAUGAUUGGAAAUUUCCACCUCCAACAUCAAUUGCCUUGCCCUCUUCUUCUUCGUUAAGUUUUCUUAAAAAAAAUCUCUUCUGCUUCCUCUUUAUCUCUCUCUGUAAUAUAAUUCAUUCAUAAAUAUUCCUUUGAAUCUGUUUUUCUAAGUAUGGGACAAACUCUUGAGACAAUGACACAAAACCAAUCAAAGGAACAAUUACUUCAUCAACUUGUUAUCACUGCCAACGUUGACGCCAUUAAAGCUCUCUGCACACAAGGUGUCAAUCUUGAGUGGAUUGAUAAAGAAGGAAAAACUGCACUAAUUGUGGCUUGUAUGGCACCUGAGCUCAUCAAUGUAGCCAAAACUUUGAUUCAAUUGGGUGCUAAUGUCAAUGCUUAUCGUCCUGGGCGACAUGCGGGUACUCCUUUACAUCAUGCAGCUAAAAGAGGCCUCCACCAGACAGUUAUGUUACUUCUCUCAAAUGGGGCAAAUGCUCUAGUGAGAAAUGAUGAUUGUCAUACUGCACUUGAUGUUGCUAGAAUAAAGGAACAUACUAAUGUUGUUCGUGCUAUUGAGAAUCAUAUUUGCUUAUUCUCCGGAUGGCUACGGGAAUUUCAAGGUCCAGGCUUUCUUGAGAAGCUAGUUCCUCAACUAUUAUCAAGACAAAUCUGGGUUGUUAUUAUACCUUGUGGCUCCACUAAUCGCAUGAAACCCGUCAGAUUGGAACUUGCCAUUUAUACUACUUUGCAGGAUGCUCAACCUCGUACAAUCAUUGCUCUUUGGAAGGCAAAGAUUGAGGAAUCCAAAUUUAAUCAGUCAGAUCUAGGAAUCACCAUAUUCGACAAUUCUACCAAAGUACGAUAUAGAUUUUCAUCGUCCAGUGAAGAUAACAAAGAGCAGGUGCGCAGACUGUAUGAUGCAUGCAGAGGAAUACCGCAGGUAAUGCCUUCGCCAACUCAUCAUGAUACUCAAACUGGAACGCCGGUAAAUAUUGAACAAACAUCUACUGAAGCUCUGGAUUUGGCAAUGGCGAUAAGUGCUUCCAUUCAAUCCGCCGCAUCAGAAAGGCCUCAACUUCAAAAUACUCAGCAGAGCGCUGAAACAAAUAGUGCAAAUGGUUGGGGAAACUAUGUACAUGUCGAGACUUACAACGGAUGGGGCCCAGCUGCGACAUCCUCACAUUCAGAAGCAAGCAGCAGUGUGCGGGUUGAUAACUUGAAAAAGGAAGAACACAACGGAUGGGGUGUGCUUAAUUCUGGGCCGAUUAGCAAUCAAGGUCGUGUAGACACCCGCACGAACGCCCCUGUUGCUCAAACGAGCAGUGUAAUUAUUCCAUCAGCUCCCCCAAUUCCCGAUGAAGAGACAAUCCAGUAUCCAUCAAUCGAUUUGAGUCCAGUGGAUUAUUCUUCUCCACCGUUAGAGCAAGCAAAUUCUGCAACAAGCAAUGUGAAGAAUGAAGGUGAUUCAGCGUCAUCGUGUAUAAUAUGCUGGGAAGCUCCGAUAGAAGGUGCAUGCAUUCCCUGCGGUCACAUGGCCGGUUGCAUGGUUUGUUUGAGUGAGAUCAAAGCCAAGAAGGGUGUUUGUCCGAUUUGCCGAACCAAAAUAAACCAAGUUAUAAAGAUAUACGCUGUGUGAUACUCUGCUAGAUGAUCGUGUCUUGUGUAUACUAAUUUUGUUUUUCUUUUCUUACUAAACAUUACUUAUCAACUUGAGGAAAAAAUUGGAUGAUAAUAUUUGAAGAAUUAGAUGUGAUUUAGGACAUGAGUGCCCUACAAGUAAAGACACUAAGGAGAAGGGCACAUGCAUGCUCAGCUUUACUGACUGUAUGAAUGUUUAAGUUUGGAAAUACUUGAGCAUUACGUAA